CUAAUUUCUUUGUGAUAAGCAGAUAUAUAAGGCGCACGCUCCACGGUUUUCUUUAAGAACAGAAGCAAGAGAAUACUGAAGAUAACAGUUAUUACCAAGGGAAUAAUUAUUUGAUUGAUAUUACAAUCGACGAGAAUGAGUUGGACGCCGUUCGCCAGUCUUGUAGCGCUGCUCAUCUGCAUGGUACAAUCACCGCAAGCGGCAGUAGGUUACCAUGUCGUUUGCUACUACACCAACUGGUCUCAAUACAGACCGGGCUUAGGAAGAUUCCGUCCUAACCAUAUUGACCCCAACCUCUGCACCCACGUCAUCUUUGCUUUCGCACGUGCUGACAACAAGCGGCUCGCGCCAUUUGAAUAUAACGACAACGUUCUGUACAAGGAACUGGAGGCGCUGAAGAGGCAGAAUCCCAGACUGAAGACUUUACUGGCUAUAGGGGGGUGGAACGCAGGUGUAUUGCCGUUCACUCAGAUAGUGAGAUCUCCCCAGUCACGGAGAGCGUUCAUCACACAAGCCAUCCACUAUCUCCGAAACAACAAGUUUGAUGGCCUCGAUAUCGACUGGGAAUAUCCGGGGUCACGUGGUAGUCUCCCCAAGGAUAAGAUUCUCUACACAGUUUGGCUGAGGGAACUGAAGGCAGCAUUUGAGCGAGAAGCGCGUCAGGUCCGCCGUCCACGCCUCCUGUUAACAGCCGCAGUGGCCGGGGGUCAGUCCUACAUAGACGCCGGGUACCAGGUGGCCGAGAUUGCAAAGUACUUAGACAUGGUCAAUGUGAUGAGCUACGACUAUCAUGGCGGCAGUUUUGAGUGGGGAAGGACAGGACACCACAGUCCGCUGUAUGAUAGCGGCACCCUUCACCAGGACUGGUCAAUACGGUACUGGCUCAGGAAUGGCGUACCUAGUCAUAAGCUACUGAUGGGAGUCGGUUUCUACGGGAGAACUUUCCGUCUUAAGAGCGCUCAGAACCACGCGGUGGGCGCCCCUGGCGGAGGACCGGCCGAGGGAGGACCGUACACGCGAGAGCCGGGGUUCUGGGCGUACUACGAGAUUUGCUCCAAGAUCAAAGACUGCGGCUUCCAAGAGGAGUGGAGCAGCAGACACGGGGUGCCCUAUGCUCACAGAGACACGCAGUGGGUGGGCUAUGACAACCCUAAGAGUAUCGCUGCCAAGGCGGCUUAUAUACGUAAACUGAGGCUAGGUGGCGCCAUGGUCUGGUCUCUAGCUCUGGACGACUUCACGGGGUCGUUCUGUGGCCAGGGGAAAUACCCCCUACUGACCACUCUUAACCAGGGUCUGGCAGGCGCUAGGACAGUCCAGUCCCUGGCACGACAGCGUCCCAUGCCCCGCAAAGGUAAUACUAACAAGUGCACCAUGGUGUCGUACGGUGAAGCCACCAGCGGUCAACAACCGCCUCCUGCCAGCGGUGACAACGCAGCUGCACCCCCAGUAGAAGCUAAAGAAUGUCCAGCUGGCGUCUACUGUCACGAGCCCGAGGGUCUGUACCCCCACCCUGAGCGGUGUAAUCAGUUCUGUCAUUGCUGGAAGGGAAUACCUUAUGAAAAAAGCUGCCCCGGUGUCCUUAACUACAACGCCGCCGUCGGGACGUGUGACUGGCCUCUUAAAGUCAACUGUAGAGUACAACUUAGGAAAGCAAAAGAAGACGCCAAAAAGGCACCAGCACGUAUCCGGCGGACCACCCUUCCUGCACCUGUACGCGUCCGCCAGACCACCCCUGCUGUUAAACUGGCGCUGCCCGAGUUUAACCCGAAUCUGCGUCCAAGGAAGUUUGUAAAAGGACGGAAUUGCGGCAGUGUAAAAUGCAACCCUGAUGGUUUUGGUCUAUUUCCUCACCCAGGUAGCUGUGAUAAGUUCUGCCAAUGUUCACAUUUUAUACCAUAUGAACAGGAUUGCCCGCCAGGUAAUAUGUUUUUUCCAAAAAUUUCUUUUUAA